UCCACCGUGUUGGAUCUUUCUGCAGUAGGGUUUUUGUGGGGUUUCUCCAUAUCCCCUUUGGCCAUAAAAAGCUGGAAUUUUUAUCGAGUUGUACGAGAGAGGGAGUGAGGAAAAUGGGUUCUCUGAGAAAUGGAGCAGAGAGAGAAGAGGCCAGGGAAGAGGAAGAAGAGCCAAUUCUGAAGGACCAAAACCAGAGGUUUUGCAUGUUCCCCAUUCGGUAUAAGCCACUCUGGGAGAUGUACAAGAAGGCUCAAGCCAGUUUCUGGACCGCCGAAGAAGUUGAUCUGUCUCAGGAUUUGCAGCACUGGGAAGCUUUGACAGACUCAGAGAAGCACUUCAUAAGCCACGUGCUGGCAUUUUUCGCUGCAUCUGAUGGUAUUGUGUUAGAGAACUUGGCUGCAAGAUUUUUAAAUGAUGUUCAAGCUCCAGAGGCUCGAGCCUUUUAUGGAUUUCAAAUUGCAAUGGAGAAUAUACAUUCUGAGAUGUACAGCUUACUUCUGGAGACUUAUAUAAAGGAUUCAAGAGAGAAGCACAGAUUGUUCAAUGCAGUUGAAAACAUCCCGUGUGUGGCUGAUAAGGCUAAAUGGGCAUUUAAUUGGAUUCAAAGUUCCUCUUCCUUUGCGGAAAGACUAGUCGCUUUCGCUUGUGUGGAAGGAAUAUUUUUCUCUGGGAGCUUCUGCGCAAUUUUCUGGCUUAAAAAGAGAGGACUGAUGCCAGGUCUGACAUUUUCGAAUGAGCUCAUUUCUAGAGAUGAGGGCCUCCACUGUGACUUCGCUUGCCUUCUGUACAGUUUGUUGCAGAAGCAACUACAUCAAGAAAAGGUUCAUAAAAUUGUUCAAGAAGCAGUUGAAAUAGAGACCCAUUUCGUCUGUGAGGCACUCCCAUGCGCUUUAAUUGGCAUGAACGCAAGUCUAAUGAGCCAGUACAUAAAGUUUGUCGCCGACCGGCUUUUGGUUGCUUUAGGAUGCCAGAGGAAAUAUAACGUGGAGAACCCUUUUGAGUGGAUGGAGUUCAUAUCCUUGCAAGGAAAAGCCAACUUUUUCGAGAGACGGGUCGGCGAUUAUCAGAAGGCAUCUGUUAUGUCGAGCCUUCAGGAUGGCGGCAAGAACUUUGUCUUCAAGCUUGACGAGGACUUCUAAACAUCGGGAAUCGUUAGGCAGUUCAUUUUGCAUAGAGAUGCUGAAAGUGGGCAUCCUUAUUUUUGUUGUGGUCACAGCACAGAACUUUGUUUAUAGUCUUAUCUCAAUAGAAAAGUGGCCUUUAGAUAUUGGUUCAUUACGUGGAUUGCCCAUUCCCAUAUUGAUUUAGGCCGUCUAAGUACUUUUCACAUGAAUUAUCAUUUUGACUCCUAGUUGUUGUCAAUCUAGGUGUGGACCCUUGGACGCUAUUGUCAUAUGUCGGUCAAGUUUUCCAGGUUUUUUUUUUUAAAAGCUGCUGAAGCAUUCCAAGGAAGAAGUAAAUCAUAUUUCCACUA